AUGACUAUGCUAGCGUUGGUAAUGUUGCUGCUUAUGAAUCUUGGGGAUGCUCAGAAUGGACCCUCCAUUCCGUGUCCCUUCCGUGUAUCUUGUACACAAAACAAUAAGAUGCUUGAGAUUCCUGUAGUUCGAGUCCCAGUAAAACUGGUUGUCAGUCAUAUUGAUUACAGAUUGCAAACAUUAGAAGCGUAUGACCCUGAAAACUGUCUUCCAGAACUCUUUCUUAGACUGAACUAUUCGUCAUUUUUACCUUUCUUCAAAUUUGUAGAACCAUACAAUAUUAGUUUCUUCAAUUGUUCUUCAGUAGGGCAACGGCAUCUGAGAAACAUGUACCAAAUAGAAGAAGAUGCGCAAGAUAUGUUAUCUUGUCCGAUUUAUAUGGCUUACUCUGAGCAAAGUAUCGUUGAUUUGGACCUAAUAUCCUGCACAAAACUAUUUGACCAAGUUUUUCCAUUCUCCCCAUUUGCGAUCAUGAGAAACUCUUUCUCAUUGGUAUGGUCCGAAACAAAUUUUGACAGUAGAUGCUUUGAAUGCACGCAAAAAUCAAAGAAGCCAACAUCCAUUUUUUUGACAGCCGCAGGUGUAAUCAUAGGUUCAAUUAUGCUGGCGGUCGUGCUCCGUGCCUUCUUUCGAAUAUAUUGCUAUUUUAGGAUGAAAGGGGAAGAUCACGCAAGAGUUGAAAACUUUUUGAAGGAUUACAGGGCUUUAAAGCCAACCAGAUUCUCUUAUGCUGAUAUCAAGAGAAUUACGCAUCAAUUUAAGGACAAGUUAGGUGAAGGAGCUCAUGGAGCUGUCUACAAAGGUAAAUUAUCAAGUCAAAUUCUGGUGGCUGUGAAGAUCCUCAAUAGCACUGAGGGAGAUGGAAAAGAGUUCAUAAAUGAAGUGGGAACAAUGGGCAAAAUCCACCAUGUUAAUGUUGUUCGCUUGCUUGGCUUCUGUGCAGAUGGAUCUCAUCGUGCUUUAGUUUAUGACUUUUUCCCAAACGGUUCACUGCAGAAAUUCAUCUCUCCACAGGACAGCAAGGACUCCUUCCUUGGAUGGGACAAGUUGCAACAAAUUGCUGUUGGAAUAGCCAAAGGAAUUGAGUAUCUUCAUCAGGGUUGUGAUCAUAGAAUUCUUCACUUUGACAUCAAUCCCCAUAACAUCUUGCUAGAUGACACCUUCACUCCAAAAAUUUCAGACUUUGGUUUAGCUAAGCUGUGCUCAAAAAAUAGAAGUACUGUAUCCAUGACUGCAGCCAGGGGAACAUUAGGGUACAUGGCACCUGAAGUUUUUUCUAGAAACUUUGGCAAUGUAUCUUAUAAGUCUGAUAUCUAUAGUUAUGGGAUGUUGCUGUUAGAGAUGGUUGGAGGAAGAAAGAAUGUAAACACAGGUCAAGAUACUUUCCAAGUUCUAUAUCCAGAUUGGAUACAUAGUUUGCUUGAAGGAGGAGACGUGCAUAUCCCAAUUGAUGAAGAGGGAGAUUUUGAAAUUGCAAAAAAACUUGCAAUAGUGGGACUUUGGUGCAUCCAGUGGCACCCUGUGCAACGCCCUUCCAUGAAAACUGUCAUGCAGAUGCUCCAAGGAGAAGGAGACAAGUUAAAGGUGCCCCCAAGUCCUUUCGAUUCUACAGCUUCCACUAAUACAAGUACCAAUAUUGCUGCAAGACCUCUGAAUUUGGAGCUGGAAGUUAUUCAAGAAUUAGAUUAGAUCGGUUAUGCACAUUUAUUAGAGAUUUUAAAAACACAACUCGUUGUAUGCUUGAAUUUGUACAUGUUUCAUUAAAUUUGUUUAGUGCAACAUCAACUCGUUGUAUGUGUGAUCGAGUGGUUGACAGGAGAAGAAAAACAACUUUUGAUUGGUAAUUUUGAAUAGUAGUUAUUUGCAAAGUACUUGUGAUUUGUGAAUUUAG